GCCUAAACUCAAGUUCUUCAUAUGGCAAUGCCUCAAAGUCAUACUUCCAACAGCAGUGGCCCUUCAAUCUCGUGGAGUAAACUGUCUUAAACGAUGUCCUGUCUGCUGGAGACAUAGAGAAAGUAUUGAACACUUAUUUUUCAGAUGCCCCCUAGCCAUCAGAUUGUGGGCUUUAGUGGGUUUGAGCAACUUUAUUGAGACCGCCCAGACUGUUAACUUUAGUCUAUGGUGGCGACAUGUCAUGGUCUCCGAGACCUCCCCAUUCCACAUUCUCCAAUGCGUUUGUUUACUUCGGAGAAUCUGGAAGUCUAGAAAUGAAGUGACCUUUGAAUUUACCCAACCUCAUGUCCGUUCCCUAGCCAGACAGUUCUACAACCAGGUCCUCGAAUUCUCCAGUCUUCUUUCCCCCCUUCCUCCCCGCAGCUCUCUACCACCAAUCACGCCUGCCACCACUUGGGUCCCUCCUCCAGAAGGUUUUUUGAAUAUCAACGUCGACGCAGUCGUCAGUGCCUCUGGGUGUUCGUCUGGGCUUGUUGUCCGUGGGUCAGACGGGCAUGUGUUGUUGGCGAUCGGGUUGCAGCAUCAAGGAAUAGUCAACCCUUAUCUGGCUGAGUUGCUAGCGCUCAGAGAUGCUAUCUCCUUGGUGGCCUCAAGAUCCUUGUCCCAUGUGAUAGUCGAAGGUGAUUCCGAAGUGGUCGUCAACCAAGUCCGUCACGGCGUCUCAGAAGACUCGAUUGGUGGUCCGGUGCUUCGAGAGUGUCUUCAGAUCCUUAGCUCUUUGUCUGUUUGUAUAGAGUUUAAGGCGGUACCUAGAUCCGCCAACAGUGCUGCCCAUAGAGUGGCGCGUAAAGCACUGCUUUUAUCUCCUGUAGAGCUAGAAUCUUUUGAUUUCUUGGGGUGGCUUCUUUAGAUUCUGUUAGGGGUCCUGGUAGAAUUGUAAGCUUAACUAUUAUUUCUCAUUGAUAUCACUCAGGAAAAAAAAAUAAUGAAUGUAAUCAAUCAGG